UCGGAAAUCAACGAGCGACAUGGCGGAAGACGAAAACCCCAAGCCCGAUCCUUUUUUGACUGUGUCGGCAGCCAUUACACAGAUGGCCACUUCUGUGCAGGAUCUGGGCACGUCCCUUGGGAAGAAACUUGAUACCCUUGUGAGUCUGCAGAGUAAUACUGCUGUAAUUAAGCAGCCACAGAGCGGCAGCUCUACUGAUCUUGACCAAAUGGACUGUGAGGUUCUUCUUGACCAGUUCACUUGCCCUUCUACCAGUGAGGGCGCCCAGAGUGAUAAUCCUUCUGCAGCUGACUGCAUUUUUCACGAUCUGUCCCAAGAUUUGGAGGUGGAGGGCACUGGAUCUCCAGUCCCUGAGGACAUUGCAACUCUUAUUACCACCUUACUCUCCUCUGGGUUGCCAGAAGAUAAACUGAAGGACAAGCUGAAUGCUUAUCUCACACCAGCCAACAUACCUCUUUUAUGUAAGGUAAAAGUUAAUCAGGUCAUCUGGGAUUCCCUGGACACGACUGCUAGGUCCAGUGACCUCAAACUCCAGAAAGUCCAAGGACUUAUUACCAAAGCGUUGAUGGCUGGGAUCAGUGCGGCAGCUAAACUGAAGGCAGCUGGAGUGCAACAAGAGGAUCUCCUCCAAUCCCUUCGUCAUACCACAGACAGCAUUGUUUUUCUUGCCAUGGCCUCCAGGGAGAUCAAUUUCAAGAGGAGGGACUUCCUUAAACCCCACAUCCAUGCUGAUUAUGUACCUCUGUGCUCCACAUCAGUCCCUAUUACAGAAGAGUUGUUUGGUGACGACCUCAGUCAACGUAUGAAGGACAUUAAAGAACUUAAAGUCACCAAGCAGGCGCUACAACCCCCCUUCAAACGGCCUUUUUUAGGGAGGAAGCCAGUGACCCCUUACCCCAGCAGGGCACUCCGCACUCAGUUCCAACACAGACGGGGAAAAGGAAGAGGAUUUCCCCAGUACAGGAAGAAAGGUUACCCUGCCAAGAACUUAUAAAGGUGGGCAAUUCUAACUUUUA